CUCUUAAUUGACCACGAAUCAAUACUAUCCAGUCAACUGUGCUAUUGGGAAGGUGUGUUCUGUUUGGAUUGAUCGAACUACAUCACCUAUCAAAAAUAGGAACAGAAUGUCUGCAAAUUUCCAGCAUUCGAGCUUAGGCGAAUUGAAGGGCAAUGUGGGAGAUGGAACAGUACAAUUCCUAGGCCUGAAGUAUGCGAAUUUGAAGAACCGCCUCGCUGCGGCCGAACUUGUGGAAGGCUACGGUUCUGGGGCUAUCGAUGCUUCAAAAUAUGGACCACCCCCAGUAUCACCAGUCGGUGCUGUCAAUCGCGAGUUUGGCUUCAUUCAACACUCCCUUCCAAUCCCAGAUGUUCCAACACACUCCGAUAUCGAAGGGCUCAACUUGAACAUCACCGUACCUCGAGGCCCCAAUGGCGACAUUAACAGCAACUCAAAACUCCCUGUAUACGUGUUUAUACAUGGAGGUGGUUUUGCCGUUGGGUCAAGUUGGUACCCGCACUACAACCCAGCCUCGAUAGUGAAGCUAUCAGCUGAGAAGGGGAAGCCUAUCAUUGGUAUCACAAUCAAUUAUCGACUAGGUGUCACUGGCUUCUUGAGUUCAGAGGAGUUGCGCAAUGCAGGGUAUAAAGCGAACAAUGGGCUUCAUGAUCAACGCACCGCUAUGAGAUGGAUCAAGAAGUUCAUCGGUGGAUUCGGCGGCGAUCCAGACGAGAUUACAGCUGUCGGCGAGAGUGCCGGGGGGCUUUCCGUAACGAUGUUCCUUUGCUCAAAGGAGCCUCUAAUGAAGCGUUGCCUCAGCACAGGAGGAGCUACCCUUCUUUUCAAGCCCAUACCUCUAGCCGUUGCAGAAUCUUCGUAUCAGCAAAUCAUCAAAGCCUUUGGGCUCGCUGAUAAGUCACCCGAAGAACGUAUCGAAGCACUCCUUAGCCUACCGGUGGAUGAUCUCUGGCAGAAAGUUCCAUUAGGCGCACUGUUGCUCCCCGCAGUCGAUGGAGAUACUGUACCGGGCACACCGGAUUUCCUAACAGUCUCGUCUAAGGAAGAUAACGUUGCUUUCUUGAUGCCCGGUCGCAAAUGGUGUAAUGCGGUAAUGAUUGGGGAGUCAAAGCUCGAUGCCAACAUACUUGCAUACAUGGGCCUUGAUGCCCGAAAGGCCAAUAUCGCGCAGAAGUUUAUCCACUCCGUUAACGCCACCCUCGCCUCUCACCCCUCAGCAGCCACAGCUCUCCUCUCAUCCUACAACAUCACGCCAUCUACCCCUGAUGACGAGGCUCUCCUCUCCAUUCUUCGCUUUGCGACCGAGAUCAGUUUUUAUGCGCCUGCUCGUGCCUUUGCCCAGGGAUGGCCCAAUACCAGCGAGUCCAAGUUCUUCCUCUACCAUUUCAAUGAAGGCAUACCUUGGCCUGGCCGCUUCCAAGGCGAAGCGGGACACAUUCUUGAUGUUUCUUAUCUGUUUCAAAAUUUCAACGAGCACUUGAAUAAGGAGUGUAGAGAAUUGGCAAAGAAAUUUGCAGAAGAUUUUAUCGAUUUUGUGAACGGCGAGGAUCCAUGGCCGCCAGUUCAAGGGCAAAGGCUUGGGGCGAGGGUCUAUGGACCGAGUAGCGAAGGAGUGGCAACGAAGUAUGUCGAAGAUGGGAAUCCAGUGGAUGUGGGGCGGAACGAUCGUGUGCUUAAAUUGGGUGAGUUGGCGGGUUUUGAUAACAUCCUGGACGCUUUCCAGAACUUCUUUCAGGGGCAGUAAAGUCUAUAGUCUAAGCUAAGACGUAUCUAUGCAAACUCCCAUG